AUGUCAUCAGGUCGAGGAGACAUCGGUGUGCAGCAAGGUGGAGGCCGCGGUGGCGGCGGCGCUAUCGGGGCCCCUGCUGGCGGUGGAUGGUGGAGCAGCGGCUACGGCUACGGCUACGGCGGUCACGACGCUGGCGGUAGCGGUGGUGGACGGCGCCCAUGGGGUGUUGGCGAUGGUCCAAUGGGCCACAGAUGGGAGGAUCCGCGGCGUGAUGGUCGUGUUCAAAAAACAAGGGGCAGAGGAGGCCGAGGAGCUGGCAGAGGAGCUGGAAGAGGCAGGGGUUCUAGCCAAGGCAUGGCCAAGAACUAUCAGAACUCGUGGUUCUCUGAUAAGGAAUACCAGGAGCGGGAUGUUGGUCGCCGGGUUGAGCCUCGGAGAGCCAAUUCUGACUCCAACAUCAAUGCUAUUGGUGAAAAUGGAGGUGAAGCUGUCGCAGAUGGCAGUGCAGCUGUCGAUGGCCGUCAAGAAGAUCGCACGAUGCACUCGCCAGAAUCUCAAUACGAGAAGUUUGAUGUCGAGUCGGGAGAAUUUGUCGGCUUGAAUCUUACGGCCGACGAUGCAUUUGCUCUGAUAGCUCGUGCGGAUCUCACACAGCGUCCGGGAACCCUGUACGAUGUGGAGAUCAAGCCCAUCUCAAAGAAUGGAGGCACCUCUACUCGUGAGGGGUACUUUGUCGAUGGCAGCGUGAUGCCUCGCGUGGCCCGGACACAGCCGCAGGGAACCCGCCAUGACGUGCGGAUCAAGGCGCGCGCGGAGGAAGGCGCCGCCUCUAAUGAGGUUAUCAAGGAGCGUUUUAUGGGCGCCCUUGUCACUCCCCACGAUCCGUUCGCCUUGGACGAGAACCAAGACAACCUGGUACUGGACCCCCUAGAGGUCGAAGCUGCCGUGGCUUCGGCCGCUGAGAAUCUGGGCACGGAGGACGCAUUCAGAAAGCGUGACCAGCCUCAUGAAAAGGACACCUAG